AACUCUCUUCUGUGUAAACGAAACUGAUCUGAGUCUCUCUGUCGUCUGCCUGUGUGAGAGUGAACAACCGUCCAAAUGGCUCAACAGGGAGAUCUGCUGGACCAGGACCAGUUCUGUUGUUCUGUCUGUCUGGAUCUACUGAAGGAGCCGGUCACCAUCCCCUGUGGACACAGUUACUGUAGGAGCUGUAUUGAGGGCUGCUGGGAUCAGGAUGUUCUGAAAGGGGUCUAUAGCUGUCCUCAGUGCAGAGAGACCUUCACUCCAAGGCCUAAUCUGAGGAAAAAUAACAUGUUGGCUGAGGUGGUUGAGAAACUGAGGAAGACAGGACUCCAGGCUGCUCCCCCUCCUGCUCUGUGCUAUGCUGGACCUGGAGAUGUGGUGUGUGAUGUCUGCACUGGGACCAGAAAGCAGAAAGCCCUCAUGUCCUGUCUGGUGUGUCUGGCCUCUUACUGUGAGACUCACCUCCAACCUCACUAUGAAUCUCCUGCUUUGAAGAAGCACAAGCUGGUCAAAGCCACCGCACAACUACAGGAGAAGAUCUGCUCUCAUCAUGACAAACUGCUGGAGGUUUACUGUCGUACCGAUCAGCAGUGUAUCUGUUAUCUGUGUACAAUGGAUGAACAUAAAGGCCAUGAUACAGUGUCAGCUGCAGCAGAGAGGACUGAGAAACAGAGGCAGCUGGGAAUGAGUCAGCAGAAGGUCCAGCAGAGAUUCCAGGAGAGAGAGAAGGAGCUGAAGGAGAUCCAACAGGCUGUGGAAUCUCUCAAGGUGUGACGGAGAAGUCCGUCACUGGCCGCGGGCAGCAUUUGGUUCUUUAACGCACACACAUAUUCAUCACUCCUCCCUGCGCCAUUAUACCAUAAGUUAACAAUGUGGGUCGACACACAAAUUAACUUCUGUCUUGGUGCAGGCAUUUCACACUUGUCAAUGUUCAUAUUUGAGAGAUACAAUACGUAUUAUACUUAUCAAUGUUGUGGAUGAGCGCAUUGUUUGUUUGUUCUGUUCCUCUCUCUCCAUCUCUGUAGCUUCCGGGUAUGCUGGAAAAGGACCCGAGCUAAGGGAAUUGGGUUGGCUUUAUAGUGCCUGUCCCAAAUGGCUCAUUAAUGCAUAUGGGCAUAUUGAAAGAUAUUGUCAGUAGUGAUGUAAUGUUGUAAAUGUUAUGUUGUGAUAUUGUUUAAAACCGUGUUGCAAUGUAUAUCCUUUAGUAUGUUUAGUUCAUGGAAAAUGUAGGUUUGUAUUGUUAAUUGAUUAAUUAAUUAGGGUUAAUUGUUCUGAGGGGAGGGGCUAGCCCUACAAAAGGAGCCUCUCUCCAGUCUCUAAGGAGGCAUUUUUUGGAUUGAGCUGUGGAUGGGGCAGCAUUGUUUUUAAGCUGUCCCAUAAGGUAGACGUUGAUGGCAGUACUGUUGUUUUUUGUUCCGGAAUCACUUGUAAAUAAAC